CUCCUCCUUCCAACCCAACACGGCUAAGCAAUAAUUCCCAAUCCCAAUCCCCACUCCAAUUCUCCCCAAAAUUAAACCGAACCGGCGAACAAGCCCAAUUCAUUUUCCCCAGAUCCUUAUCCCUCUCUUCUCCUCCCAAACCCUAAAUCCGAUCCCUUUUCCUCAAACCUCGCCGUAAAUUCCCAGAAAGAUAGAGAGGGAUCGAUAAUCGGAGAUAAGCAACCAUGUUUACCAGGAUUUUUGGGAAACCGAAAACGGAAACCAGCGCUCUGACCACCUUAGACAAGUUAAAUGAGACGCUUGAAAUGCUUGAGAAGAAGGAGAAGGUACUACAGAAGAAGGCUGCCGCAGAAGUUGAGAGGGCCAAGGAAUUCACUAGAGCAAAGAAUAAACGAUCUGCUAUUCAAUGUUUGAAGAGGAAGAAGCUGUAUGAACAGCAAAUAGAGCAGCUUGGAAACUUCCAACUGCGAAUCCACGAUCAGAUGAUAAUGCUAGAAGGGGCGAAAGCCACUACAGAAACUGUAGAUGCCUUGAGAACUGGAGCAGCUGCCAUGAAGGCAAUGCAGAAAGCAACGAACAUAGAUGACGUGGACAAGACCAUGGAUGAGAUAAAUGAACAGACUGAGAACAUGAAACAGAUCCAGGAAGCUCUGUCAACUCCAAUUGGUUCAGCAGCUGAUUUUGAUGAGGAUGAAUUGGAAGCAGAACUUGAAGAGCUGGAAGGUGCUGAGUUGGAAGAACAACUUCUUCAGCCUGCAACUCAAGCUCCUGCAGCUCCAGUGCAGGUCCCAGCAGGAAGGCAACCAGCACGUCCUCUUCCCCAGAAGCGCACUGCCGAAGAAGAUGAACUGGCUGCUCUGCAGGCUGAGAUGGCACUAUAAGCAGGUACAUCUUCCGCAGAAUGGAAUCGAAAGAAUCUAUGUAAAGAAUUGGUCUGAUUUUAUAAUGGAGAUAUCUGCUCCUCUCGCGCAUCCAUAUUGCUUUGUGGCUUCAUUAUUAAACAGAUUGUAUAUAAAGGUGGGCAUAAAUUCACACAAUGCCCCCUUUGAAACUUGUGUUCUGCGUUUCCGAGUCUUCUCCUUCCUUUUUCCUCUUACCUCAACAUUUCUCUUGGAACAUAUGUUCAAUGUUCUGUCAAGCAUUAAUGAAUAGCUAUUUUGUGAUAUAACCAAGUCUUAUAGAUCUAAAUUUCUU